ACACAUAUUGAGCUAAAUAAAAAGAAAGGAUUAAUCGUUGAAACAUUGAAAAUGGAAGGUGCAAAGAAAGCAGGAGAGAGCAUUAAGGAAACAGCUGCCAAUGUUGGUGCUUCUGCCAAAUCUGGUAUGGAGAAGACCAAGGCCGUUGUUCAAGAAAAGACAGAGAAGAUGAAAACACGUGAUCCUGUGGAGAAAGAGAUGGCAACCCACAAGAAAGACGUAAAGAUGACCCAAGCAGAGCUGGACAAGCAGGCGGCGCGUGAACAUAACGCCGCUGUUAAACAGUCGACAACGGAAGGGCAAAUGGGACAUACUACUGGGGCCCAUCCGAUGUCGGCAUUGCCUGGUCAUGGAACUGGACAUCCCAUGGGGCAUACCACGGAGGGAGUGGUGGGCUCACACCCGAUUGGAACUAAUAGAGGCCCAGAUGGGACCGCUACGGCCCAUAAUACUCGUGUUGGUGGAAAUCCGAAUGCCACAGGGUAUACAACUGGCGGUUCUUAUACUUAAUUAAAUGAUAAGGACUGCACAAAGUUUAGUCUUGUUUGUUUCAUUUCCUCUUUUCUGUAAGUUUGCUAUGAGUUUGUGGAUGUUCCUACUUUUACGUGGAGCGUUCUGUGUCAUGGAGUUCUAUAUUGUAAUUUCACUUCUUUCAAUUAAAUAAAUUGUGAUUUGGGUUAUGUGAUA